UGGAAGUUUUUAUUUUUGCUGGUACAAGUAAAUUCAUCAUUCGCAUAAUUGAAACCAUAAUUGGCACAAACUUUGUACCAACGCCCAAACCUCGCAACUUCUUCGUUCGGCUAAGUCUUUCGGGUGUCUUCGCCUAACCACCCCAGUUAAUAAUUAGAAACGGGUUCCGAGAAUCGGCAGCCAAAGUUUUUCCCCCGCCUUUUUCAAAAAUAAAGAAAAACAACAACAGACAUUUCAGCACAGCAGCGGCAAGUGCUGUUAAGUUACCCCACAACCCGUGAGGACCGGGACGUCGCUGAUUCCGAGGCGUAACCAGGAAAACGCGACUACGCGCGGCGAAAAUAACCAAACCAAACCAGCAGCAAUGCUUGAACGGGUCGAUGUAAAGAAAGACUACAGGCUAGCGCACGAACCGGCCACGGCUACGGUGUUGCAGACGUUGCUGGAAGCGGAACAUCAGGAGGAUACCGAGCAAAGCAGUUCUUCCAGUGGGAAUUCGUCACCAUCGAAGAAGGGAACCGUCAAACGUGGACCGUCAGCCAAAAACGGUCAAAACGGGAACACCGCGCAAAAUAUGGAGGAGCUAAAGGAUGCCAGUAUCCAUCACACGGCACUGAAACUGACCGAGGACAUCAAAGCCAUGAAGAUCUACGGUAGUCUGUACAAAACGGUUCAGAAGUUGGCAUGCUCACCAGAAGUAGACAAGGACGAUAUGAAGCAUACCUUGGAGGAGGCGAUCAAAGCCAACGGUCUUGAAACGGAAAUUCGCAACAUAAUAUUCCACUUGAUCAGAAAUACCGUCAAGUCGGAUACCAAAUCGCCGAUAGCUCCGAGUGAUCCGCUGUAUUACCUUCGACGUGCUGGCGUCCAGUGGGAGCGCCGAGUUCGAAAAUCGCUCAAUUCCAUGUGCUGCGAAGCCAAGACGCAGCUAUUGGGACAGUCACGCGUCGCAACCGAUCGGGAAGAAAUCCUUUCCAAGUGGGACGAAUUGAGUAACUAUCAAAUAGAUUUGACCAACUACCGACCAGUGUAUGCGCCGAAAGAUCUUCUGGAUGUGCUUCUUUCCCUGAAAGGCCCCGUCAAACAGGAUGAAACAGAGUACAGAAAAUAUUUACGCUAUUCUUCGCAGCAGGUUGCCAGCAAACUUCAACUAAUCCAAUCGUUUUUCAGUUUUCUUCCCAAGUGGGAAUUUUCACAUAUUUCUCUUCCGGUCAAGAACCUGUUCGAGCUGCGGGUGCACUUUUCCGAGCUGCUGAGAAACGAUAACAGUGGCGGGAUAUCGGAAUGGGCCGUCACGUGCCAGAAGAUCCUCAAAACACGCCACGCUCCCCUGUGUCAGCAAGCCCUGAAGAAGGCAAUCACCCCACCUCCGCUGCGAGGCGCACUCUGGGCCUAUGUCCUUGGCAGCCAGGUGGAAGCGCAUCACAACGAACAUUGGGAGAAACUGAAACACUCGGUGCUUACCACGGAAUCUAUAGUUGAUAAGUUAGUAUUCAAGGAUGUUCAGCUAACUGCCACCAACGACGAUCGCUAUUUCGUGUUUGAAGACGUCCUCUACCAGAUUAUGCUGUGCUUCAGUCGGGACACGGAAAUCAGUCAGAUGAUACAAUCAGAAUUCAGUAACUCUGCUAAACUGAAACAAUACGAAGGCCCAGCCUGCGGAUUCGUUCCGUUCCAUGGAAUUUGCAUGUUGGCAGCACCCUUUUGCUAUCUGUACGACAACCCUGUUUCGCUGUACUUCACAUUCCGGGCAUUUUAUGUGAGGUAUUGUCACAGAUUGACAACCAUCAACACCCAUCCCCAAGGAAUCGUUAGUCUAUGUUUGCUAUUUGAAAAAUUGCUUCAAACGCACGAACCUCAGCUGUGGUCACACUUUCGAGAGCUUCAGAUACAACCAAUCCGCGUAGUUUUCAAAUGGUUGAUGCGUGCCUUCAGUGGCCAUUUGCCUCCGGAGCAGCUGCUGGUCCUCUGGGAUUUGAUUCUCGGUUACGACAGCUUGGAGAUUUUGUCCCUCUUCGCUCUGAUCAUUCUGAGCUUCCGGCGCGAGAGUCUUAUGCAGGUGGCCACCCUGGAAAACAUCGAAGCCAUCUUGUCCGAUUUGUCGUCGGUCAAGGUGCUGCCCUUGAUACAGCUGACGCUUUCGCGAGACUGAGUGUUGCGAAAUUUGUUCAUGCUGGAAAACGAUUAGCCGCGAUUUGGUGGAACAUUGUCAUAUCGGAGAUUACCCAACCGUAGCAGGCAUUCUGUUUCCGUAUAGUUGGCAAUGGCAUCUUAUCGUUGAAUCAGUUUUCACCAUGAUCAAACUUCGUAACACUCAUUGAAUUUAUAGAAGAAAAAAAUGGAAAAAUAGAAUGCAAUUUUGAUGUUGUGAUGUUAGUAUAAUCUGAAAUGUUAGUUUUAUGUGUUCUUUUUUAUUAAAUUGGAAAGGUGCAAGUUUGUAGUUCACAUAAUAGCUAGGUUCGGACAAAUGUUACUUAUUGAGCUCAAGCACAAAAGUGUCAAGAGCAAAUGGUGGAGUGUCAUUUGCAGGCGACUUAAAGAUCUAUUUUCAGUUUGAAAAUGUCUUACCAAUUCUGAUUUAUAUGCACACAAGUAACGAAAAAACACUGUUCAAAAUUCUUUCCAUGUUUCUAUGCUAGAGAGUUUAUUUUUAAAAUACACUUUAAAGAUUUAUAUAGCAAUUCUUCUUGAAGACCCUUAUUCAGCAGGAAUGGAACUUGUGAGGAUUGAUAUGAAGCUCAGUUGGCUAAAGGUUGCUGAUAGGAAUGAUAAACACGCGUUGGUAAUUAUUUUAUCUAUAAAAAUGUAUGUGAUAGGACACCGUAACAGUUCUACUUAAAAAUAUAAAAAGAGGCGCCUCAGAUGUCAGGCAGGGAUGAAUCCGGGAUAAAUCAUUCCAGAGGAUGAAAAAAAAUAUCAGAGGUUAGGGAAGAAUGCCGCAAAGUGGUAUACCUACUCCCGGAAAAGUUCAACUGUCAGAGGAGCGCAAAUAACAAAAUGCUUAUUUCAAGAAAACUUGAGGCUGGUUUUUUAAGUUAAGUCCAAUUUUGAUUGGGUGACCCCUCAGAGGUUUAAAACGGAAAAUUUUGGAAGAAAAAUCAUAGUUUUGGUGUUAUUUAUAGUACGACAAAUAAUUAAUUUUUGUGAAAAAAUUCACUUCACCCUUCACAACGUCGCUCGCAUCCCUUGACACCAUACAGUAAACCUGCAUCUCUCGGGCACCCAAAUCACUUAAACUAGGCUUGCCAGAUACUUUCAGAAAAAAGCGGGACAUUUCACGAAGAAAAAGCGGGACACAGCCGAAAAAAGCGGGACAUUUUAAAAAUGCUUAAUUUUGUAGCAAAACUUCAGCCAAAGUUGUUCAUAAAAAGUACACAAAAGUUCACACUGUUAUUUUCCACGGUUCUCGCGAAUUAACCCUCAUCCGCAUUAGAUUUCAUUACCCUAAUCAGCACUUGUGGUGUCAAUUUGACACCACAAGCUCAAAUCGUUAUAACUUUUGGCGUGUUAGACCGAUUUAAACAAAACUUACAUCAAAAGAAACCUUGUAAUGUCAGUAAAAUAUGUUUAGAACAUUAUAUAUAGCUAAAGUUACUAGUUUUCUCGUUAUUCAGCAUGAAAGAAAAAAAAUCCGAAAAAACAUGCCUCACGAAAACUGCUGUACUUCAUA